UUUAGAUAACACUGCGUGGUUGUGUGCCUAUAAGUUUGAGCUGAAGUGAGAAGUGAUAAGCUAAACUCGAGUGUGAAGAAGAUUAGGUGAUAAACCUAGAAAGUUUUGUGCCACAUUUUCCACCCAAAAAAGUUUAUUGUUAGUCAUGGCAUCUUUGUUCUCAACACAGUUGGUGCAGAGUCAGAACCUUCUUUCUGGUUUCAAUGCUGCCCAGGGGAAGUCACAUGUAGUCUGUAGCAGUACCAGGGCACACCUUGGAUGCAGUAAAUUGUCAUCAGGAUAUCAUUACGCAGCGAGGCUUUCUGCGUCACAACAAUCUAAAGCGAAAUCAAUCACUUCUCGGAGAAUAAAAUGUACCAGUAGUGCUAAUGCUGCAGAUCUGCAAGCCAAAGUAACAAGCAAGGUUUUCUUUGAUGUAGUAAUUGGAGGUGAAUCUGCUGGAAGGAUUGUUAUUGGCCUAUUUGGAGAUGUUGUUCCCAAAACAGUUGAAAAUUUCCGAGCUUUGUGCACAGGAGAGAAAGGAUAUGGUUACAAAGAUUCCACCUUCCAUCGCAUAAUCAAAGAUUUCAUGAUUCAGGGAGGGGACUUCACAGAAGGAAAUGGAACUGGUGGAGUCAGUAUCUAUGGUGGUAAAUUUGAAGAUGAGAAUUUUGCUUUGAAGCAUGUUGGUCCUGGAGUUUUGAGCAUGGCAAAUGCCGGUCCUAAUACCAACGGAAGUCAAUUUUUUAUUUGCACUGUACCGACUUCAUGGUUGGACAAUCGCCAUGUUGUAUUUGGACAUGUCAUUGAUGGAAUGGAUGUUGUGACGACACUUGAAUCACAGGAGACAAGCAGCUACAACAAUGGUCCCUUGAAAUCAUGCAAAAUUGUUAACUCUGGAGAACUUCCUCUAGAUGGUUGAUCUCUCCUCUGAAGUGCUGUACAUUCUUCUGACUGUCAAUUACAAUUCAGUUAAGGAGGGUGGUUUUGGGGAGGAGGGAGGGGGUAGUUCAAUUCAUGCGUUUGGAUUGUCAUUGCUCUCUGCUGAAAUCAAAAUUAAAUGCCACCGAAAGGGCAUUUAGCCAAUUACUUAUUUUGCAAGGAGAGAUACAUAUUUUGCAUUAGUAAACUUUGUACCAAAAUCCUUAUACAUUAAUUGUCAUUUCCUAUUAUAAAUUUAUGCUCCUGAACUUUGCAUUUAA